CGAAGUGGCUUUAGGAACUAAAAACGGUGGGUUCUAGUACCGUUUCAGACGUGCUCACGCAUGUUUUCGCGUGAGGUAGGCCCCACAGGAUUUGCGCCUCUUUUCCGUUGUCCAGAACCUCUCUCCCGGUUUCCACUCUCCAUCUCAAAGUCUCUCCGACUCCGCCGCCACGACUGACGAAUUCUUCUUCCUCCGGCGACAAAAGCCCAGAAGAAACUUACAGCGCGGCCGAGUAGCGGAGGAAACAGCUAAAAUGGCUACAGUCACUGCCAAAUCCCUAAAUCUCCCUCAACCCAGACCACUCUCUUUAUCCCCUCAUAGACCCCUUAAAUCCCCAAAUCUCCCUUUUCUUCCCCAAAAAUGCCGCUACCCGUCGAUCAAAGCUUCCUCCACUCUUUCCCCUCCGGCUACAUCCACGGUCGACUCUUUAAUCCCCAGCGACUACAGAGUCGAGAUCCUCUCUGAAUCCCUGCCUUUAAUCCAGAGAUUCAGGGGCAAAACUAUUGUGGUCAAGUAUGGCGGCGCCGCCAUGACUUCCCCGGAACUCAAGGCCUCCGUUGUGAGCGACCUCGUCCUUCUCGCCUGCGUUGGACUCCGGCCCGUCCUCGUCCACGGCGGGGGACCCGACAUCAACCACUACCUUCGGCAACUCAACAUCAAAGCCGAGUUCCGCGACGGCCUCCGGGUCACCGAUGCCGCCACUAUGGAAAUCGUGUCCAUGGUUUUGGUCGGGAAGGUUAACAAGAACCUUGUCUCCCUCAUUAACACAGCGGGUGCCACCGCCGUCGGAUUAUCGGGCAUCGACGGCCGACUCCUCACUGCCCGUCCCGUGCCCAACUCCGCCCAGCUUGGAUUCGUCGGGGAGGUUGCCCGUGUUGACUCUAAUGUGCUCCGGCCGCUUGUGGACUCCGGUCUUAUUCCUGUGAUUGCAUCCGUGGCCGCGGACGAGUCCGGGCAAUCCUACAACAUCAACGCGGACACAGUCGCCGGAGAGAUAGCCGCUGCAUUGGGCGCCGAGAAGUUGAUUCUGUUGACCGAUGUCGCGGGGAUCCUCGAGAACCGGGACGACCCGAGCAGCUUGGUGAAGGAGAUAGACAUCAAAGGAGUGAAGAAGAUGAUUCAAGAAGGCAAAGUUGCGGGUGGCAUGAUUCCUAAAGUCAAUUGCUGCAUCCGCUCACUCGCGCAAGGAGUGAGAACGGCUAGUAUUAUUGAUGGCAGGAGACAGCAUUCGUUGCUUCACGAAAUCAUGUCCGAUGAAGGAGCUGGUACUAUGAUUACUGGGUAAUGCAAAUUCAGAGAGUAAACAAAGGCCAAGCAAGCCACUUUUUUCUUCAACCUUAAAAUUUUAUGUUAUUUUUCAGAUGGGUGUAAGUUAUUUGCAGGGGAAAACAGUGGUCUCUUUAGUUCACAUGUUACCCAUUUCUGGUUUCAUGUGUUGAAAAUGCUUUUUCUUUUCCAUUAUUGGCAAUAGAGAUAAAGCUUUUUUCCCUGAAA